GUAUAGUUGUAAAAUGAGAAUGAUGAUUAAAUCUAUAAGUUUACGAGUGAGAAAAUGCUGUUGGAAUAGAAUUAUUAUAGAAUAAGUUUAGGAAAAUUCCGUUGAAAUUGAGAAUUUGAAUUACGCAAUAAGAUAUGCAAAAAAUAGGAAGAUCAGAAUGAGUGUUGUGGAGAUAGUAUCAAUGAAAUUUAAACAAGCGAUAAGAGGAUAAUUUAAAUGGGAUUGGAUUUUGUAAUUUUGGCAUUAAAUAACAGAAUGAUGAUGUAGGUAAAAUAACAAUGUAAUUACAAAUAACAUAUCAUUUAAUUUCUUCA